CUGACAGACGUUCGGCAGUUACCGAGUUCUUUGAGCGUGUUUGGGCGCGCAUAGCGGCCUUCGGCUCGCGCGUAGCAGGGGUCAACCAGCCAGGCACAGAUGCCCUUUCGAAUCCGGAAACGUGCGCCCCCAGGGGCGGAUGAUGAAGAGAAGCCUCCAUCCGCGGAGUCCCGGAGGCCAAGGCCCCACAAACUGAUUGGCAUCAGACGCACCAAAGAAAAACUUCACUUGAAGUGUGGCUGGGACGGCUGCAAGUACUCCUCAAAGAAAAUGGAAUUGUUUAACAGUCAUGUUGGAGAACACGUGCCAGUGCUCAGCGCCGACGGCUCGGACUACGUGCGCUGCCGCUGGGAGGACUGUGACCACUACUCCAGCGACCAGCGCGAGCUGCGGCGUCACAUCCUAUACCACGCCUUUCACCGCAAGGUGACGGCCAUCGCGCGCAACGUGCAGCGCCGCAAUGACAUGCUGCCAUGCCAGCUGGCCAGCGGCGAGCUGCAUGUGAUGCCGGAGCUGUCCGACCCGUUCAGGUGUCUGUGGGAUGGCUGCGACACAGAGUUUGACGACCCGCAGGCCUACUAUUGGCACGUGGAGCACCACAUCGACUGCUACUACGAGCGUAGUGCCAAGGAUAACUCGCAAGCCAGCCUGAAGUGCCUCUGGCAAGACUGCAGCCUGACAGUGGCCAUACAGUACCGGCUGAAGGAGCACGUGCGCACCCACUCUCAGGAGAAAUGGGCCGCUUGUCCCAAGUGCGGCAACUUAUUCUCCUGCAACCAGAAGUUCUUCGACCACUGCAUCCGACAGGUGCCGGUCGAAGAUAUGCAGUACCAGUGCAGCCACUGUCUGAAGCGGUUUGCGACGGAGCGGCUGCUGCGGAACCACAUCCGCAACCACAUCAACAACUACCGCUGCACCGUGUGCGGCAUGACGUGUCCCAGCCCGGGCAGCCUCAACAAGCACAUUGCCUUCAGACACUCUGAGGCAGCGUCUUUCGCGUGCUCCAUCUGCUCGCGCGGGUUCAAAACGGACUGGGAUAGAAACAAGCACGAGCUCACGCACGACCCCAGCCGGCGCACCUACUGUCCGACCUGCCCAUACAGCACCGUCGAGCCCAGUAGGCUCAAGAUCCACAUGAAGACGAAGCACACCGGCGUGCCUCGCUCCUGGUACCGCUGCCACCUGUGCGACGCCAAGUACGGCAAGGGCCUGACGCUGACCCAGCACCUGAAGCGACGCCACCACCUGGCCGUGCCGCAGGGCCACGUCCGCUUCAACUACAAGCGCGACAAGGACGGCCAGUACCGGCUGCAGACGCUGCGCUACGAGUCGCUAGACGUGGCCGAACAGGUGCUGGGCGGGCCGGCCGAGCCAGCCGGCGCCGGCGCGGCCUCCGCCGAGCCGGACGUGCUGGCGCUGACGUGCGGCGAGGGAGAGGUGCCCGACACAAUCACCACCGACGACGGCCGCGAAUUGCGCCUGCCUGAGCGCGUACGCGUCGCGCUCGGCACCGGCGCGCGCGUGCUCGUUUGCGUCACUGGCGAACAGGUGCAGCUGCUGGCGCUGACCGACGCCUCCCAGGAGAUGGACGAUCCAGACGACCCAGACUCCGUGAUGAUGGUGGUGGAGGGCGGCACGGCGCCGCCAGCGGCUGCGGCCGGGCCGGCGGCGGCGCACUGACACCGACGCCGGCGGGUCUCGCGCCGGACGGAUACCACCGCCGUUGCCGCCGCCGUUAGAUAGGAUAUUGGGCAGGCUGGAGAGGCGGCGAUCUGGCGCCCGGAGGAUCUCGAAACGGCCCUUGGGUGGGCGUGUGACGCAGACGGUUUUGAUGAGAGUCCGCAGUGCUUGGCGUUUGGAGAAGCGCUAGUUACCUCAGGGUGAUUUUAACAGGCCUCUCACGACGUCGCUUGAGAGCGUGGCGCUGAGUAGGAGUGACCCGCUGUGUUCGUCUGCUCGUAUUUCGAAUUUAAUAAACAAAACAUUCUUGAGAACAGUAUUUAAUCAUUUUUUACGUACCUUGCGAGGAACCGUGCCGCGGCCGACUUCGGCAUCAACAUUCGCGAGCCACCUGCGGCUCACGAAUGGCAUUCGGCAUCAUCAUCGGCAUCAACAUUCGCGAGCCACCCGCGACCCAAUAAAAAUGAUCACAAGCCGGUCUUUCAUGCAGAGACACGCGUGUUUGUGGGUUCAUGGCUUCCUGCCAGCUGUCACGUUUUCGAACUCUUGGAUACCUUCUUGCCUGCGCUGACCUUGGGCGCGGAUGUAUGCAUGAUAACUGCGUGUGCAGUCGCAGGUGUAAUGUUCCUCCCGCGGCAGCCCAUUUAUCCGAUGGCGUUUAACCCCAGGCAGCCCUAGGUGCGAACAGUUUCGGCAGCCGCCUUUGGGCGGACAUGGGGCGGUACCGAAUCUGCCCGGAUGGAACGGUGCCGAAUGUGUGUGUAUGGAACGGUAUCGAAUGUUCGCGGAUGGAACGGCAAGAUGGGUUCCCGGACAGAAAGUCGAAUGGUAAAAAUCGACGGGGAUGGAAAUCGACAGGGUUGCAAGUCCAAUACGAGACAAGUGAUAACUGCCGGGGCAUAGAAAUGCAGUUGACAGUCAGAUAUAAACCGAAUACGUCGAAAGAAAGCAUCGCCAGGGAUAAAGCCAGCGCGGAUGAGCGGAAAGUACCAGUUAACCAUGUCAUUUAUAACAAAAGUCAUCAGGAUUGGCGCCUGGCAUGAAGGCGGCUCAGGCUGUGGUCAUAUCCAUUAA